AUGCAUUACGACAGCGACAAUUCGUUAGUUUGCACGGACAGUAAAUCUAAAUGGCAAAUAACUUUGUCCUCAAAAAAUUGCACGAUCAGGAAACAUUUCGAAGGUUGGCAGAUCUGUCCAAAAAAUGCAAGCAGCGGAGAAAAAGAUUUGCGAUUGAUCUUAACAGUUCCAAAAUUCGGGAUUAAUUCGCAGCGUGCGGCCGAGACAAUCAAAACGAUGGAUGCUGAAAUCUGUUGCAAUCGUGAAGACCUCGAAGAAUUAUUGAGAACGAACGACAAGGAGAACGAUCAGAAAGAUGGAAACAUAAUAUUGACGGAUUAUUUAAAAUUAGUAACAAACGACGAGGCUAAAAUAAAUCUUCUAUUGAAGAUUUUGACGAAAGCCGUAAACGAGCAUACGUGUUACGUGAUCUGCGGCACAUUUCCGACUUUGAGGGGACCGUUGGCGGACAGAGGAUGGAUUGAGAAAAGGACUAUUAGAAAAAUGAUGUCAACCGUUUCCGAUACGUACGAAGGUCGUAGUUUUUAUUUCGAUUUGAUCACCGGUUAA